AUGGGCUGUGGCUCGUGGGACAUCCAAUCGGAGAGAACGUGCCACUGUCAGUGCAACAAUAUGGACUGGACAUCGGCCCGCUGCUGCAAGGUCGUAUCUAAGUAG